AUGAAUGGAAGUGACGAGGAGCCGUGUUUUUAUGCGCAACAGGAAUUUUUGGUCGAGCGAUUCUGGUUGGUGACUGUGACCGGAACGACUGUGUCGUCGAUAUCGAUCGUAGAGAAUCUAUUCCUGUUCAUCGUUCUUGUAACCAAACGACAUCACCGUAACUCGAAUUCGUUGUAUUUGGUUCUGCUGGCGUUUUUUGACGUUCUCGUCGCUGGAGCGUACAUUCCGUUAAUGUCACUGUCACACCUUGUCGAUUAUAUGCAAUCCGUUGUUCUCCUUCGAGCAUGGUUCCAAUACAUGAUCCCGAUGAUAACCGUUUCACAUAUCGCGAUGACAUCCUCAUCAUUUCUCAUUCUAUCGGCCAGUUUCGAACGAUUCUGUAUGACCGUGAUGCCGCACCGAAUGAAGUGCCUUAAUCGGUAUCGACGUCAAAUCGCAACUUCAUCGGUCAUUUUGGGCAUUGUCACCAAGUCAACGCUAGCUUUCGAAUUCAGUAUCAAAUAUCAUGAAGAGUGUGUUGAUACAAUGGCUGAAUAUGCACUGGAAUUAUCAGCGCUUGCCAAAGAUCCCAUCUACAAUUUGCUAUGGCGUCUUUGGUUCCGAAAUGUGGUCACAAUUCUUUUGCCGUUCGCUUUACUGGCAUUCAUGAAUGCACGUACGGCUAUCACCCUUCAUACGAAUCACUUCAUCUCUCAGGAUAUGGAGAAACUAAGUGAAGCACAACGAAAGAGUCGUGUCCGAGCAGCUACAAGAGCACUUGUAUUUGUCGUCUUCACCUAUCUGCUAUCUAAUAUGCUCAAUGUUAUCGUUACAAUUUGGGAAUAUAUUGAUAUUGAUUCCCUGCAUACACGUUUUUUUGCAUUCUACAUUUACAGUGUGGAUGUCGUCUCAUUAUUGACUGUGUUAGCCGGAGCAUUACGUCUACCGAUUUAUGUUUCGUGUCAACCGCAGCUACGUUCAGAGUUUGCACUCGCACUGAGGCGUUUCUUCGGUUACUCGGAUAAAUUUAAAGUUUGCCUUUUUUUGCAUUCUUGGUAUCGAGUAUCUGAAUAUCCUGUUGUGCAUUAG